GUGGUCAUUCUCCGUGUCGUGCAGAACACGAGACUCAUCUAACUAAAUCACAACAGAUUUUUGCGUCACGUACACACCUGCGUAUUGCGCUACACAUGACUCAGUCCGCCAGCUCUACGUGUAUCAUCACACCGCCACCCAGACCCAGCUCAUCUACACACACACACACACACAUGCACACACAAAGAAGACAUAUGUAAGUGUGCGCAUACCACAACCGAUCGGACACGUGCGCGUGAAUACCGAUUGGUGAGUCUCGUUUCGCCGUGAGGUAGUCCUCAGUAUUGGUGCUGAGCCUUGUCAUGCCUCCGCCGUCCACAGGGAAGAAUCGAAGGGCCAGGUGACUCGCAGCGCGGCACGAUGCAUCAUGCCUACACACACAGAACCAACACGCACCUCAAAUACGCCUCGCAUCCAGAAGCACACCCCCAGGCUCACUCACCGUCUGGCGAAUGUGAAGAUGGCUCGCAGCUUGGUGCUCUUGUCGAACUUGCCCCUCACUGUCUUGCCGCUGGGCAGCCGCAGCGCCAGUGCCAUGUCGCCCUCCUCGCCCAGCGCCUCCGGCUCACUGUCACCCUCGUCCCUGUGGGUAUCGGCGGAUGCUGCUGCUGCUGCUGCUGCAGAUGGUGGCUGGUGCUGGUCCUCGUGGUGAUGCUGUCGGUCUUCGGUGUGCUGUGGAGGUGGUAGUGGGUGUGUGGUGGCCGGGUGCUGCUGCAGCUGGCGGAUGGCAUUGCUGACCUUGAUACGAUGGCCGGCUGAUGAGAAAAGAUAGAGGGACAGGUGUGUGUGGUUUGGGGGCGAGCGUGAGUGUGUGUGUGUGCGUGUAUGGCUACUCACGUAGGCAGUUGACGAUAUCGAGCAUUUGGUCGACAUCCUGCCGACCCAUCAGGGCGAAUGUCUGCAUGUCGUCGUAUCCGCUGUCCCUCAGCCGCUGGGCAUACACAGACAGCCCAUGACCCGACAGCCACACAUCCACCUGCAAACCACCCACACCACCCACUCAGUGGAUAAACGCAUCAAUGCACCAUGGCCAGCCCUCUCUCCCCUCACCGUGUCCUCAUCAUGUUUCUUGCAGUGGUCCGUAUGUGCGUCAGCUGCCGAUGAUGUGUCCCCGCCCCCUCCGCCGCCGCCCCACGCCAUGCACACCUCUUGUUUGACUUUGGCCGCUGCCUCGCGGCGCUUCCGCUUGGCCGCGCGCCUGACAUACACACACACAUUCACACACAGGGAGAGAGAAAAGAUGAGAGUCGAGGCUGAAUGCGAUGCGGUCUUUCGUGUAGCUGACUGACCAUUCCUCCAUGUGUUUUGCCUGCUCCUCUUUGUCUAUCUCUUUCUUGCGCUUCUUCUCCUCUGCCGCCUUCCUGGCCUUCUCCUGACGCACCUGCCUGACACACACAAGCAAGGUAUGUAUACACACACGCACAUGUGUGUUCGUGUGAGUUGUGUGUGUCGUCUGUCUGUGUGUGUGGAGGACCUGGGUGUGCGUCCCUUCUGCUGCAGGUGGCUGAGGGCAGACUGGCGAACGGCGUCUGAACGACAACAAGGCGCACGGGGUGGGACGAGGGAUGCGAGCACCGACGGUCUGUUGUGACAUCAUGAUGCUUGCCUGCAGCGCUUGUCGGCUUCUCCCCUACACCCAGAAGCGCCUCCACAAAGUUGAACCUGCGCAGAUGAAGACCAUAGCAACUCGAUAGAUGAACAGGUGCCAACACACACACACACACCUGCCCGUUUCCUUGCUCACUGGUCUGCUGCAGGCACGGGCCUGGCCUGCUGGGCGAUCUCUUCCCGCCGCUGCAGGUCUUUGAACCUCUCAGGGUCAGGCGGCCGCACAUGGUAGGCACCACGGAACUGACAUAUUGACACACACACAGACACAGAGAGCGACGCACAAGCACUGAGUACACGCCUGCAAUGCGGGGUCAUCCAUCCAUUCAUUGUGCGUACCUGCCAAUCCCGCGAUGCACCGCUCGGUGCAUUUCUUCUCUUGGGCUGAGCGAUGAGCUGCUCCUCAUAUGUAUCGUCGGGAGCACGCACGGCAUCGCCCUCCUCGAGCGGCAGGUUCUCAUCCUGCUCCUCGUCCGCCUCUUCAUCUUGCUGCUGAUCUGGCUCAUUCUCGCCAUCAAAGCCGUCAGCCAUUGCGACACGAAAAUUUAUGGAUUGCAGUAGCGGCGUGCUGAAGGAAGCUUUGAGGCACGGAAAUACCAAAACAGCAGCG